AUGCUGGCUGUGUCGGCUCUUUUCCUGAGCGUGUGGCUUGGCGCUGCAAGCUCAAACUGCAGCUCUGACGCAACGUCCGUCCUGCAACUUCGCAGCAAUGACACCUCAGAAGGCGUCAGUGUGGAAGCAGAACUCGCCGUGGGUGACGUGUUCGCCAUCUACGGCGGGGGCAAGUUCUGCACCGACCGAGGCGGGAACCGUCGUCGUCGAGGGAACUUUGACUACAUGGAGUGCGACACCGACUGGGUGGAGUCUUGGCAGACCUUCAGGGGAAUGGACCAGCGCGAAUCCCCCACAGGAUGGCCUUCAAGGGAGGCCGCGCGAAGAAGUACUGCUCGGACUCGUCUGUGUCCAGGCGGAGGCAGAGCGAACCUGCGCGCGUCAUGUGCAAUCGUGACGCUCUGGGCAGCUGGGAGAAGUUUGGCCGCCAUGUUGGUGACCUGGUCGGCUAUGGGAACAGGGGCGGCAGUGGCGGCAAGGUGUGCGGCCCUGACUGAAAUCAAGUUGUGA